AUUUGGACAACUGUCACUGUUAUUACAGUUAAAACGGCUUUUCCUGAGUACGUGUACAUCUGCAGAAUCCACAUGUUUACAUGUAUUUUUUUUUUUUUUUUGCGUUGUCUUUAUUCGUAUAGAAAUAGUCAGUGAAAUAUGCACGGUUGUAACGCUCUCUGACUGUUACCAUUUAUGACCGGGCGUCUGUCGGCUAAUACCAUCUCAGAAGUUUUCUAUGUUCUUGCAGUAAUUAACUUAAACAUAAAAUAAUAAGACGUGCUGACCAGAACUACCAUUCGGUUAUUGUUAAUGUAAUACACAUACAUUGCCGUUCUUAAAAGGCAAUACACGUGGAUGGGAAUCUCUUUUCUGUCGGUGAUGUAAUCAUUUAGGAAUUAGUGCUAUGCAAAUUACAUAAUAACAAGCCUGACAAUCCGGUUCGGCCGGAGUAAGCAGGGUAGGUGUGAUUUUACAUAUCAACAUAUAAUAUAAAGUAUGAUAUGGUUAUCAAACGUGCCAUAUUAAUAGUUUAAAACGUUUUGUAACGUCAAAUUAUUCUUAUUGUAGUUAACGUACAUGAACUCCAUUACCCAUAAUGCCUUUCGACACAUCUUGCCCCCAACUGUAAACCUUAGCGACGUGAAACUCAAAUUACGGGCGGGAGAUAACUUAGUCAGUCGGCUAACAAAGUUGUAGCGUUUGAAACAGAGAGUUUUAACUUGUUUAAAAUCGCCGAGUUAUUUCCGAAUUCGUUGAGCAAAACUUUACAUGUUUUGGGCGUCACUGUGGAGGAAGGAUAACGACAUAUUAACCAACGGUAACUUAACGGUGUCGACUAAACUUGCUGAGGAGAGACGGGAAGUGAUUCAACAGUUUAAAGAUGGUCAAGAAGGGGCAGAAGCGUAAACACCUACCAGAGGACGUGGAGGUUUCCGACAGGAGUAGCUCAACCUGGGAGAGCCAGCGCCAGUUUGUGCUCACAGUUUCCCUGCACAAAUAUCAGCAUGGCCUGCAGCUUCGUGACCCCAGCCUGCGGAGGUCCGUUCUGAUAUGCAGCACACUGCGGUCGGUCAGCCUGGAGGGUUGUAGGGUGCCAUCUGUAGCCAUGGAGGUGUCACAGCCACCUUGUAGCUCUUCAUCUGAACUCCAGGAGAGUGUUUUCACUGCAGCAAAACAUAACUCUACAGCCAUGUGUGCUAACAGCCACUCAGCUCUUGACAGCUGCCCUCUGGUCUCUUUAAAUAACUUGUCAAAUUGUGCUGCAAGUAGGUCUCCGGCAAAUGUCACUCUGUCUGUAAAAGAUGAAGAUGAAGACUGGGGAUCCAUGUCCAUGGAUUCUAAUUUCUCCCUCUCUUCUGCCAUCUCCUCCAUUCUCACUGCACUGGACUCUGCAAUUGACGGGAGCCCACAGGCAGCUCCACGGACACCUCUCAGGUCCUUGGAGAACCUGUCAGGGGCCUGUGAGGGAGGUGAGGCAUGGGCGAAACAGGGAGUGAAAGGUUGUGGGGGAAGCUGGGAGGUGCAGGAAGAAUGGAGGGCAUUGGACAGCAGCUUGGAGGUGAUGGGGUUAAGCUACCUUGGUGAUCUCACUGUGGAGGAUCAGUUCCAGGAUAUAAACACAUCCUUGCUUGAGAGGGACAUGGGAAUGCUUGGACUCAGAGAAUGUGAAGGUGGUUACCCAACUGUGGAUGACCUUUUAAGGUAUUUGAUGUCUAAGACAGGAAAUGCUCCAUAGGUGGGCUGGCAUAAGGAGUAGCUGUGAUGCAUCUGGCAGACUUUUGUGCAACAUGAAGGGAUUACAUUUCCCCGGCAAAAAAGGAGAUCAAGUCAUGAUGAAAACUAAGUGGGUAAUAAGUCAAAUAAGGCUAUGUUUUUUUCUUAAUGGCUAAGUGAUGAGUCAGUGCAGAAUGAAUUGCUGAAAAGCAUUUUACUACAGUUUCCAGUGUGACUAAGCCAACUGGAAUUUGGGAAGGGAGGUGUCUGAUUAGAAAACAGAGGCAAAUGAGAAGUUGUGAGCAGGUAAUCACUCUCGGUGGAAAGAAAAUUACUUCAGCAGUAUUGCCCAAAAAUUUGCCAGAAACAUCACAGCUUUAAGAAAACUUUUUUUUUUUUUUUUUUUUUUUCAUUUAACAUUGGAUAAAUCCCUCUAUAACGUGUUAAAUGGUAAUGUGAGUUCUGAGAGAAGUGAUUUGACUGGUGUUUGAAGGACAAUGGUUUAAACACUACUAUAAUAGGUCAAACUCGUGAAGAAAUCCUUUAACCUUGUGUGUAUCAAGAUGAAUUACAGGUCAGGAUGUCAAACAAAAGCUACACCUGCAAAAAUUUGCUUUCUAGUCAGAAGAAAUCCAUGACAACCGUUUGUUCAGUUGCAAAAAAGAAAUAUCAAGGUUAUCUGAGUGGUUCUUCUUUGUAUACAUCACUUUAUCAUCAGUUACAUUUCAGUAACCAGUAUUUAAAGGUACAGUACAUGUACAUUUUAUUGGUUUAUCCUGCAUCAGCAGGAAAGACAGUUAGCCCAAUUCUUGAAUAUUACUCAGUGGAAAAAUGCACAACUCUUAAUGCCUCUCAACCACCUGACAGAUAAACCAUGACCCAUCUGAGGGCAGAAAAGAGUGAAACUAAAGUUUGUUUUGUCUGAAGUGUUUUCUCUCAGAUGUGGUUGCUCUGUAACGGCUACCUGUAUAGCCUGGCAGCUCAGAAGGAGUAUUUAACGUCUUUUAAUAGAUGUUUUUAUUCAAAGAGCCUUUACAGUACUGUGAUUGUAUCCAACACAUCCCCAUGGCCACUGUAGGUGUCUGUCACUAUAGUUAAAGUCACAACCACUAAGCAGCCGCUUCUGUUGUACAGAUAUUAUCAGUCAUUCCCGGCGGGUAUAUAGACACUGUGUGAGCCACAUUGGCUGAUGGUAGUCCGAAUGGUGCCGAUUUCCACCCUCUCAACAGUUGUUCAAUCAUCAGUAGGUCACUUUCUGCUUGUUUUAGUGGGGUCCUCAUGUUUUGUCUGGUUUACAUCUGAAUGAUUGCACUUUUGUUAAUAUUAUGCAUUUCUAAGUCACAUGAGUUUGUGUUUUACUCUGUAUUUAUUACGCAAUGGUAACAUUACAGGUAAGAUUUGUCCAUUUUUUUUAACCCAUAAAAUGGAGUACUAGUACAUGCUCUGUUAUUGUAAUAUAUUGUUUUGAAGAAGAACGCUAAAGAAAAGGUGUUUUAACUGUAACUUAACCUGCUAUAUAUAUAUAUAUAGAUAUAGAUAUAUCUAUAUAUCUAUAUAUAUGUUGAUCCAGCAUUUAAAGCCAACACUGCUGGAAUGCGUGACAGGUGAAAUGCUGAGAUAAUUUGUUUGAGGAAGCACAUGAUGCCUGUUGGUCAGGUUUUUGUACUUGCUUUCUAUGCAAAGGUCAUUUUGUAAAUAGUUGGGCUGCAGUUUCAAUUUAUUUAUAAAUGGCACGUUUUGUUGACAAGAUGAGUAACUUAAUGUCACACUGUAUUUGAAGAUUCACUUAAGGUAUAUUAAUGUACCAUCAUGGCAGUUAUUUUAUUUACAUUAUUUUUUCUAUACAUAUAUUUUAAUGGUUAUGUUUUUAAAUUUAAGGCAGAAUGCCUGGACACUGUAUCUCUUAAAAAAAAGGCAAAUGUGUGUUUAUACUGACAUUUUUAAUAAAAUAUGAAAAUGAAAAAAUACUGUUUUUUUGUUGAACAUCAUUUUAAUUUUCAGUUGAAAAGCCUCACAUAGGACUGAAUGUAGUCUGAUACAUAGUUAUUAUAAUACAUAAAGUACAUUUUACAGCAUGUCUUUGAAGUGGGUCGGGGGAAAAUUGGAUGAAAACUGAAUCCAAACAGUACUGUUGUUGCUUUAACUCUGUCAUUUGAUGCCAUAUCGUCAUUAAUGACCCUGGAAAAACAGCUGCAAUAUUUAGAGAAUCAUAUAAGUGAAAGAGCAUUUUGUAACAGACUGAAUGUCUGCAACCACAAAUGUUUCAGUUCUGACUCAGCUUCUCCUCCUCCAGUCUGACCCACUACCCUAUAAGACUUCUUAAAGACUUGUAGAUCAUUUUGGUGUUGCAAUCACACCUGAUUCAGAAAUCUACUAACAAUAAUACAUAAGUGGAGCUGAGCACACCAAUACCAUUUAGGAUGUCAGUGAGUUAUUGGUUACAUAAAUCUAAACAAAACAAUCUACAGUAGUUCUCAUUCCAGUCAGAUCCAUAAUAGACAAGAACUGUUGAAAUUUAAUGUGGGAACUUGUAGGCAGCUUCACCCACAGCCAGUCCACACUGUAAGUGAGACAGCAAUCACUUUGUCUCAUGGUCUUUGUGUCAAUCUGAAAAACAUAUUUCAGUGCUCUCAGACACUUGGUUUGGGACAGAUAUACACUUCAUAACACACUUAAUUUCUCAAAGGAGCAGUGUGUAGGAUUUAGCAGCAUCUAGCAGUGAGGAUUGCAGAUUGCAACCAGCUUAAACUUCUGUCAUGUGUGAACUCUUGGUUUGGACCCCUUCAGUGUUCAUUGUUCAGGAGAUUUUAACUGGGAGCCGAAUUAUCCGCAGAGGUCUCUUCCUCUCCAAAACAAAUGGAACCCCUGAUUUAAACCUGUAAAAACACUGAAUAAAGCAGUGUCGCGUUAAAAAUCUCAUUGUGGAGGUGCUGUGAACUUCGGUGGCCGACGCGAAAACCCAAAUGGCCCUAACUAGACCUUGUGUUUGGUUUGUCUAUUCUGGGCUACUGUAAACCUGAAACCUGAUGGUGCAACAUAGUGGAGACAGUGAAUGAGGACCAUGAUUCAUUGUAUAGCUAUUAACGGCUCAUUCUAAGGUAACAUAAGCACAAUGAUUCUGAUUUUCAGGUGAUUACACACAUAAGAAAACAUACUUAUUAUAUUUAACUUCUGCCAAUAUCUCUCCCUAAAUCCUACACACUGACUGGAAGUUUAAGGAAAUUAGAAACUGACCCAGUGUAUGUAUUCUGCUCUCAGGUCACAUACCCUUGAGAAAAACAUUAUUGCUGGGUGUUGUGUACCGACAACUUCAAAUUUUAAUUGUAAAACUCACACAUUGGUAUGUCUGAACUUCAAAACUACACAAGACACGUACAUUUAAUUUUUUGCUGGAUGAGUUUACAGUACAAACUAUCAAGACAAGCGGGACAUGCUUAUAAAAACAAACAUGAUAAUACAGGCAAAAGUUUAUUUUCAAUUUAUUCUUGUCCAAUGUGAAUCCACGUUGAACUGAUAUUAUUAAAGUACAACAGCAGCCACCAACAUGGACAGAGUCAACUUAUUUUACAGUAUCAGGAUAUAAGUAACCUAUUUAUAAACUACAACUUU